UCCACAACUCCAAACACAGAUCUUCAGAAACGAAAACACAAUGUCCAAACAACACAUGCCUCAAGAACUAGUCGCUGAGACGCUCUCAAGAGUACCCAUCAAAGAUCUCAUCCGAUUCCAAUGCGUAUCCAAAGCUUGGAGAGAUCUGAUCUGUGAUCGUAGUUUCGUCGAGAAGUAUCGAAACACUUCGCGUGGAAAGUUCGUAGGAUUUUACGAGAAGGGUCUUUGUCUUCUCGACAUGGAAGCCGACACAGACACGGCAGGAACUGAACCAUGGAACAUAGAAUGUCCAUUCGAGGAGAUGGUGGAUGAAAGUGUAUGUGUUCUUCAUUGCCAUGGAAUGUUGUGUCUAACCCUCAAGAAUCAAGGCUUAGCGGUUUGGCAUCCGUAUUCAAAGGAGUUCAAGAUUAUACCGAACCCUGGUAUACACCGAGAGUCCAAUAUUUUGGGUUUCGGUUAUGACCGGUUUUCUGAUGAUUACAAGAUCGUAACGUUUGUUGAUAAAAUCGAUUCGUCCACGGUAUAUAUCUUCGAAUUCGAAUCAAAUUCUUGGAGGGAAAGCAUAAGGAUUCCUUGCCCCGAUUGGCAUUACAGAGAUCGAAAGGGUAUCUUCUUGGACCGAAACCUAUAUUGGAUGGCGUACCGGUCGAGCCAAGACCGGUUCGUCCUCUGCUACAACCUCACAACCCAUGAAUACCAGAAGUUAUCAUUACCGGUUAACAGCCAAGGCACGAGAAGCUCUUGGUUAGGCAUUAUGGGAAAGAAUCUUUGCCUUACGGAAUUCGAGCCGCUAAACCAAGAGAUCACGAUUUCGGUUAUGGAGAAAACCGACGCUCAACCGGGAUCAUGGAACAAGGUCACAACCGUUUCAACGUCAUGCAUGAUCUCAUCAGCACCAGAUAAUUACGAUUAUUUUAUAGAUUUCGUUUCUUUGACGAAGAACAACAAUAUUAUCCUAACGCUUACGGGAGAUUUUGCUGGAUAUUUCGACGGCUCGAGAGGCUACGAACGCACAAAGAAGAAGGCCUUCUUGUAUAGAAUACGAGACAGGAAGUUUGAACAGGUCCGGUUUCGUGAUUCGCUCACUGGAUUGAGAUUGGUCGAGAGAUAUGUCGAGAGUCCUGUAGUAAAUCGAAUAUUUAUUUGAUUACGUCACAUGAGCGAUGCGUAUCAUAUCUGUUACAUGUAAUAAUAUUUUGUUAUUGUUGCAGAAUUUAAUAUUAUAAAUCGUCCAUUUUCGUGUUUC